CAUGAUGCGGUACAACGAGAAAGAGCUGCAGGCGCUGUCCCGUCAGCAGGCAGAGACGGCGGCCGAGCUGGGCAUACAAGGUCCCAAGAAGGGCAGCGUGGCCAAGAGGCGGCUGGUGAAGCUGGUGGUCAACUUCCUCUUCUACUUCCGCCCGAACGAGGCCGAGUCCCUCGGGGCCCUGUUGCUGGAGCGCUGCAGAGUGGCCCAGGAAGAGCCUGGCGGCUUCUCCACCAUCUUAGUGGAAGACCUCAGCAGGAAGUAUCACUUUGAACUCUGUAGCCAAGAGCAGCAUCAGGAGUGGAUGGAGGCUCUUCACCGGGCCAGCUAUGAGUACAUGCGACGAAGCCUCAUCUUCUACGGGGACGAGAUCAGGAAGAUGGCGGGCAAGGACCCCUUGGAGCAGUGCAGCCUCUCUGAGUAGCCUGCCUUCGGACGGGCAGGCUUGCAUUGGCUCCCAGUUAGAUGUGUUGGACUAACCUUCGCUGGGUCCCUGGCUAUCUUGGGAGGUGUUUCUUAAAAAAAACGUCUGUUCAAAGCCAGAGAUCCAGAGGAGGUGGGCAGGGGCUGUGGUCCCUGCUCACAUGCCAUCUCCCUGCCAAUGCCCCUGAGUGUCCCCACCCAGGGACUGAGCCUGGCACAGCUCCCGUCUGUUACCAUGUGAAUGUAUAAUGCCAGGUCAAGCUGUGAACCCCACUUCUGCUGAUAGAGCAGGCCAUGGUGGGGGGGUUACCUCUUUUCC